GGGGGCGGCACGUGGGGGCGCUGCCCUGGUCCCCCCCCCCCCGUCCCGGGACCCCCACUGGGCUGCACUGGGGGCUGGUACAGGGUUGCAUAGGGGGCGAGUCCGUGCAUGGGGCUGUUGGGGGUCAGGCAGGGGAGCUCGGUGCCCCCAGCACCGUGUCCCGCACCCGGCUCCUGUCCCUUGGAGCUGGCGGUCCUGAGGGGUCCCUGGGGCCGUCUGGCUGGCUGGGAAGAGGGGCAGGUGUGCCCCCCCAGCAGCCCUGGGGGGUCCGGCUUUGCUCCGAGCUGGGCAGGGGGAGCCCGCGCCUGUCUCUUGCUGGCGGGCUCCUGUCCCGGGCUCUUGCAGGGGGGGCUUGGCUCCUUCUUUGAGCCGGAUGAGGCUCGCCGGCUGCAUCCCAGGUCGAUGCCAAGGGACUGGUGCCGCCUCCUUGUUGGGGCGAAGGGGUUUGGCAGGGCGGGGUGCUGCUGCGGGACUAGACAGAGGGGAAACUGAGGCACGGUGUGGCAGGGGUGCGCUCAUCUGAGCUGGACACCCAGGUGUCUUCCUGACAUCGUGCGGCAUGUGUCUUCCCUGCUGGGCCUUGCUACCUUCCAGCCCAGCGUCACGGGGCAAAGCCCAUCCUCGACGUGCUUCCCGUGGGCAGCCUCUCCCCAGGGCAGCAUCCGGCGCCCCUGGGUGCUGCACAAUGACCGAACCAGCUGCCUCUGCCUGUAAGAGCUUGCGGCAUGUGUGCAAGUCUGUACUGGACGGGGGCACAGCGGGGCAGCGCCAGCGGGCUCUGGGCUGGGACCGGGGCCAAGGGAGCUGGGGCAGAGACAGUAUCCGCGGCGCUGGGAAUGGAGCCGACAUCUGACACUUGCCGAUUGGCUUUCACCAGCGCCCGGCAGCCUCCGCCAAACUCUGGGCCCCGUGGCGCCGAGUGCUGCGCAGAGCCAGAAAAAGAGAGGCCCCGCCACAAGAAGCUGAGUAGCCCAGGGGAAACUGAGGCACAGAGAGGUGGUGACCUGUCCAUGCUCGCAUACCAGGCGCUGGCCGCGUGAUGGAGGGGGUGGCGGGGCCCCCCAGCGCCCUGCCCGCGGUGCUGGCUUUCCUGGAGGGGGACAGCCUGGCAGCCCAGUUCCUGCGGGCCGAGCUGGAGUUGAACGCCCGCCUGCGGGAGCUGAAGUUCCCUGAGCCCGUCUGCUACGUGUACAACCCGCUGGAGUACGCCUGGGAGCCCCACCAGGACUACGUGCGCCGAUACUGCCGGCCCAGUGCUGACGUCCUCUUCCUGGGCAUGAACCCGGGGCCCUUUGGCAUGGCCCAGACCGGGGUGCCCUUUGGCGAGGUGAGCACCGUGCGGGACUGGCUGCAGGUCGGGGGGCACGUGGGCAAGCCGGAGCGGGAGCACCCCAAGCGCCCCGUGCUGGGGCUGGCCUGCCCCCAGGCCGAGGUGAGCGGCGCCCGCUUCUGGGGCCUCUUCCGCACCCUGUGCCCAGAGCCGGAGGCCUUCUUCCGCCGCUGCUUCGUCCACAACCUCUGCCCGCUCCUCUUCCUCGGCGCCGGCGGCAAGAACCUGACGCCGGCCGACCUGCCGGCAUCCCAGCGCGAGGCCCUGCUCCGGGCUUGCGACGACGGCCUGGCCCGGGCCGCUGGGCUGCUGGGGGUCUCCCUGGUGAUCGGCGUGGGCCGGCUGGCCGAGCAGCGGGCGCGCAAGGCGCUGGCCGCGGCUGGCCUGCGGGUGCGGGUGGAGGGGCUCCUGCACCCCUCUCCCCGCAGCCCCCAGGCCAACAAGGGCUGGGAAGCCGCGGCCAAGGUCCGGCUGGCUGAGCUCGGGGUGCUGCCCUUGCCCAGCCCCUGAGCUCUGCACUGCUGCGGGGCUGGGGUCCCCCCUCAUCUCUAUCCUCUGCCCCGUGCCUCCAUGGGCACCCGUGUUUAUGGUGCUAGCCACUGGCUACCAGGCCCCCCAACUUAUAAGAUGGGGCUCACAGCCACACUACCCCCUCCCCCCGCCUUACAGCCCCCUCUCCUCUCACCCACUUAACACUACAUGCCCGGUUUCCCGCAGGGGCUGCUGGGGUUUUGGGGGCACCCUAUCUGCCCCCCUGGUUUCCAUCAUGGUGGGACUAGCCGGGCCAUGGAAGGAUAGUCUGGUGGCUAGGGCUCUUGAUGGGGCCACGGGAGGUGAGGGGUUAAGCCUCUCCUCUGCCACAGCCUUCUGCUGUGAGCGAGUCCCAGAGCCUGCCUCAGUUUCCCCAUCUGUCCUGGGGGGGCGAAGAGGAGGGGGUGCUGUAACUUUCUUACCCCCUAAGGGCCCAAGAAGGCAGCACCCUUUAUCUUUAGUCAAGGGGCUCACGUCCCACUCGGCUUCCCAUGAGAAACCCUCUGCCCCAGGUCUCCCAGGAACCUCUGUAUCUCCAGACCUGCUGGCUCUGAUUGCCGUACAGUCUUGCAUACCACGCACCCCUGAACAAGACUCCCGCUGUUUUGGAAAGGCAGAAUGAGGGAGGAAAAGCUCUGUCCUUGCUUCUGCAAUGGGGUGGGGAGGGGGAGCGGGAAGGGUGUCCGCAGUCAGCAGCAAGUACAGCCUAACUUUUACCCCCCCAGCCCCAACAGGCAGAAACUGCUAUUACCAUACUUCCUCACUUAUACUCACCCCCCGAUUCCAGGAGUUGAAUCUGGUUGGCAGGAGAUGCGUGUUGUUUUCAAGAAUAUACGGGACUUGGGGGAAUGUGGCAGGAGGACAAGUGAAUUGUCCUGGCUUUGGCUGUGCAAUGGCCUGUUUCACUCCAAUGCUGAAGCUGCACUUGGGAGAGAAACGGUCUGGGUUGAAAAUCUGCUAUUAGGGUUGGCAAAGUCUCUGUCUUGGGGAAGACCGGGCUGGACGCUGCUGCCCAGCAAGCAGGGGGUGGGGGGUGUUGGGGGGCUGUAAGUGUCCUUCCUCUGACGACAAGGCAUUAAAUAUUUCUGCUGGGGCC